UGGCUCACUUCAACUGAACGGGAAGUGAUGUUACGUUGAUUGUGAAGGGUGUUCAUGCAACAAAUGGAUCGAAAGGACUCAGUAAACUCAAUUUAGUGAGUAAUUUAAAAAAUAUAUAUAUAUUUAAAAAUCAACAAAUUGUCAUCGCUUUUGAUAGGGCGAUUCUACACGAAACACCAAGAAAGAAAGAGACGCACAGACACGGGUCUGAAAUAAGCACUCACUAUGUCUGAUGGGGACUAUGACUACCUCAUCAAAUUCCUAGCCCUUGGUGAUUCUGGAGUAGGGAAAACCAGCUUUCUCUACCAGUACACCGACAAAAAGUUUAACUCCAAAUUCAUCACUACAGUGGGCAUUGAUUUCAGAGAAAAACGAGUGGUAUACAAAUCAAAUGGUCCAGAUGGGGCAGCAGGCAGAGGACAGAGGAUUCAUGUUCAGCUGUGGGACACGGCGGGGCAGGAGAGGUUUCGGAGUUUGACAACAGCUUUCUUCCGAGAUGCGAUGGGCUUCCUCCUCCUGUUUGACCUCACCAAUGAGCAGAGUUUCCUUAAUGUCAGAAAUUGGAUGAGUCAAUUACAGAUGCACGCUUACUGCGAGAAUCCAGACAUUGUACUCUGUGGCAACAAGUGUGACCUGCAGGAGCAGAGGGCAGUCCGUGAAGAUGAGGCCCGUGAGUUGGCAGAGAAGUAUGGAAUCCCUUACUUUGAGACAAGUGCAGCUAACGGGCAGUUUGUUAGCCAGGCUGUGGAUGUCCUGCUGGACCUCAUCAUGAAGAGGAUGGAGCGCUGUGUGGACAAGUCCUGGAUCCCUGAUGGAACUGUGCGAUCCAAUGGACACAGUGGCCACACAGACAUCACAGAGCCCAAGACCCAGGAGAAGGGCAAAUGUGCUUGUUAGGGUCCACAUACAGAUAAUGGUUACACCAUCCCCUCAGUGAUGUUUUGGUAGGACUGGGCUUUAUGGUAUGUAAUGAAAGGCAUGUAAUAUUUGUAAAUCAAUGAUGUCAUAGUAAUUUUUGGUAAGAUGUAGUGGGGGGGGGGAGUGUGUAUGACGUGCAAAGCUGAAAGUAACUACUAACCCCCUGCCAAAUGUUCCAGAGCAUCAUUAUGUUUUGUUAUUUUGAUUAUGCCAUUUGGUGUGGUGCAUCUCCUUACACUUGUCAAUACAGUGUCAAUUAAGUGCCUUUUUAUGUUUUCAUUUCGGAGAAUAUUAAAUGUAUUUUACAUUGUAAAAGAAAAGUGUAUUAUAACCAACUAUUUUCUAAGAUCCAGUAGAAAAGUGAGAAGCCACUUAAGGUUGUAUUAGCUGAGAACACUUUCCUGUGAAUUAAAAGGAAACCCGUCCUUAUUACAUUGAACUUUUUGACACAGGAUAUUUUUGUCACUAUGCACUUCCAUUUAUUCUUGUACAAUGUAAAAGUCCUGAGCACAUGCAAUCUGUAGUGAAUAGUGAUUUUUUGUUGUUUUUUUGUAUAGGCCUGCUCUGUAGUAGCAGAGUAGCUGUGUGUUUUUAUUUGUAUCACAAUGUCGGGUUAUUGGGUCUAUCAGAAAUGUUUGAGGUUCCAUGUAAAUCAAUGCUGAUUUUGUUCAUUCGUAAUUUUACAAUGUGCCUUAAAUCUGCUGUAUUCUGUCUUCAUGCCAAAUAUGUAAACCAUAUCCUUUAUUCCAUAAAAUAUAUUUUAUUAUUUAUUAAAGCGCUGUCUCAGUUCUCA